CGGUGGGGACGGGGCGGGGCGCAGCUUUGCGGAGCCUUAGCGCAGCGCUGGGGAGGGGGGGCGGCCGAAAGGGGGGCGGUGGUCGGGCCGCGCAGGCGGAGAUGGAAUGGGGCCCGGGCUCAGACUGGUCACGGGGGGAGGCUGCCGGCGUGGACCGUGGGAAGGCGGGGCUGGGGCUCGGCGGGAGGCCACCCCCGCAGCCGCCCUGGGAUGAGCGCGCCCAGCAGCUGCUGGAUGCGGUGGAGCAGCGGCAGCGGCAGCUCCUGGACACCAUCGCCGCCUGCGAGGAGAUGCUGCGGCAGCUGGGCCGCCGGCGCCCGGAGCCGGCUGGUGGCGGGAACGUCUCAGCCAAACCUGGAGCACCCUCCCAGACAGCUGUCUCUGCCAGAGGUGGCUUUCCAAAGGAUGCUGGCGAUGGAGCUACAGAGCCCUGACCAUCCCCGAGCCGGGCGCCCUGACUUCUCUCCCUCCCCAGGGCUGGUGGCUGGACUGUGAACAACUCCCUUUCAAUAAAGGGGCCAGUCUUCACUGGCAGUGGCUGGUACUUGGCUCUCAGCCUGGGUGGCAGCUCUGCUAGCAGCUGGGUUCACUCCCACUUCAUCCUGGCUGAAGGCAGUGCUGAGCUCUGAAAUGUAGCCAACGAAUACCCAGUCUGAUUACCCAGAUUUGGGCAGACCAACAGUGCUCGCCAGAGUGGUUUGGCCUGCUUUGGGGGAUCCAGGUCGUGUUACAUGUCCAUUUCAUGCUUUGGGGGCUCCUAGCCCCACAAAACACUUUUAGCAGAGCCUUGAUUAAAAGGAAACCUGCAGA